AUGACUCAGCCGCUUUCCUACAGCAUUGAUGCUCGAUAUGGAGACCUCGGCACGGCAAUCGAAGCAGCAUCUUGUAACGGCCACCAGCAAACCGUGCAGCUGCUUCUUGACAACGGCGCUGAUGUUAACGCCCAAGGCGGACACUAUGGAACAGCACUCGCAGCAGCAUCAUGUAGAGGCGAAAAGGAGAUCGUGCAGCUGCUUCUUGACAAUGGCGCCGAUAUUAACGUCCGAGGCGGACAAUAUGGAACAGCACUCGUAGCAGCAUCAUUUAGAGGCAGAAAGGAGAUCGUGCAGCUGCUUCUUGACAACGGCGCUGAUGUUAACGCCCAAGUUAAUGGGACAGCACUCGCAGUAGCAUCACUUGGAGGCCAUAAGGAGGUUGUGCAGCUGCUUCUUGACAACGGCGCUGAUGUUAGCAACCAAAGCAGACGCUACCAAACAGCACUUAUAACAGCGUCAAGUGAAGGCCAUAAGGAGGUUGUGCAGCUGCUUCUUGACAAAGGCGCCGAUGUCGACGCCCAAGGCAGAUUCAAUGAAACAGCACUUGUAACAGCAUCAUGCGGAGGCCAUAAGGAGGUUGUGCAGCUGCUUCUUGACAACGGCGCUGAUAUCGACGCCCAGGACGGACGCUACAAAACAGCACUCGUAGCAGCAUCAGAUGGAGGCAUUGAGGAGAUUGUGCAGCUGCUUCUUGACAACGGCGCUGAUGUCGACGCCCAGGACGGACGCUACAAAACAGCACUUAUAACAGCAUCAUGUGAAGGCGAAAAGGAGAUCGUGCAGCUACUUCUCGAGAAGGGAGCCAAUGCUACCAUCGCAGAUAACGAAGGACAGACACCAAUGCAUUUGGCCUCGGCUCAUGGACAUUGUGACGUGUUACAAUUGCUCCUGAGAGCCCUAGACAUCAACGUCAACAGGGCAGACAAGUUCUCUCGCACAGCUCUGUUUGUAGCGUCCAGAUUCGGGCAUCACGCCACAGUGCAACUCUUGCUGGACGAUAGCCGAGUUCUCUCCACACCCACAGACUGGUACGGCUCAACGCCGUUGUUCACUGCUGUUAGGAACGGCCACCUCAAAGUGGUUGAGGUUUUGCUCGCUCAUGGAGCUUUGGAUGCCGGUACUCAAGCGCAAGACGGCUUCGGGCGGACUUUGCAAUGGUGGGCGCGUCGAACUGCAAAUUCUGGGAUUUUAGAGGUCCUGGAGAAGCAUGCCGAUCGACUUGGCACCCGUGUUCACGAAACCGCCCCCAUUGAAGCUUUUCCUGUUAGUUUUGAUCCCGAAGGCAAUUGGUGUGAUGCUUGUACGCGGACUAUUCCGUAUGGUCAGAAAAGAGGCUGUGAUGGGUGGGAUAUUGAUCUGUGCGGCGAGUGCUUCGAAUUGGGCGUUAGGUGCCCGGACGAGACGCAUACAAUGUUGAAAUAA